UAGUAACUUUUUUUUUUGUUAAUUGACAUGAAUGUCUAAUCGUACUAUAAACAUCACUAAAGAAAAAUGUCAUUGGGAAAAUUCAUCGUUAUCGAAAAACAAAAACAGAAACAAGAAAAAAAAGGAGAUGAGCAGGUGGGUUAAAAUUCAGUAGUAGUCGCUUCUAAUCAACAUCUACUUCCACGAAAACAAGCAAUUCCAUCAAACGUGAAAGCAAGUUUUCCUUAAUAUUUUGAUCCUCACUCUUAAGCAAAAUAUCUCGACACCUACCACAAAGCAGACAUUCUUUAUACUUACAUCCCCUCUUCUGUCUGAUCCUCAACCCAUUUCUUGUCUAGAUCAAUCCGUUGAUUUUUUCCAGGAAGCUAGCUACACUUGGUUUCAUUUUGCAUGUGGUGAAUAAUGGAUACUGAGUCUUGGAAGUUUCUCAGAAGUGUUUGCAUACUUUCUUUCCUCCUCGGCUCUUGCUUUGUCUAUCAAAGCCUCCAUGUUGUUGUUAUUGCUGCUCAAGAACAACAAGAUACACAACCAUCCGUGACUCUGCAAGUUAAUGCUUCCAAAGUAGCUGGACGACUCAUUCCUGAUACUCUCUCGGAAUUUUCUUUGAGGAGAUAAACCAUGCUGGUGCUGGUGGAUUAUUGGCUGAACUUGUUAGCAACAGAGGGUUUGAAGUUGGCGGGCAGAACACACCGUCUAACAUAUGGCCUUGGUCCAUUGUUGGUGAUCAGUCAUCUAUAUAUGUAGCUACGGACCGUUCAUCACCCUUUGAACGGAAUAAAAUCGCUUUGAGAAUGGAUGUGAUCUGUGAUAGCAAUGGCUGUCCUUCAGGAGGUGUUGGAGUUUAUAACCCUGGUUACUGGGGAAUGAAUAUUGAAGAAGGAAAGAAGUACAAGGUGGCGUUUUAUGUGCGUUCGACUGGUGAUAUUGAUCUCUCUGUGUCGUUGACAAGCUCUGAUGGGUCGUUGACUCUUGCUUCUGAGAAGAUCAUAGCAUCUACUUCUGAUGUUUCGAAGUGGACUAAGAAGGAGGUUGUUUUGGAGGCGAAAGGGACGGAUCAUGGUGCAAGGCUUCAGUUAACAACAACCAAGAAAGGGUCACUAUGGAUUGAUCAAGUCUCUGCCAUGCCAGUGGAUACUUACAAGGGACAUGGAUUUAGAAACGAUCUUUACCAAAUGAUGGUUGAUAUAACACCUCGCUUCAUCCGUUUCCCAGGUAAAGUUUAAGCCUAGAAAACUAUAUAUAUACAUAUAUAAGUUAUUUAAUUCUAAAAAUAUGCCAUUAAUUAAUGUCACUACCACUUGAGGACAUAUUUCUACACCACAUUUAUAUGUAAACUAGAUUAAGAUCCGCGCCUUGCGCGGAAUAAACAUUAUAUAUAUAAAUUAUUUUAUGUAUUAUAUGUUCUUACAUAUUAUGAAAUAAUAAAUAUAUAUUGAAUAAUUAAAAGUUAGUAACUAUUACAUAUAUAAUUAAAUUGGUGCGAACGUAUAAAUCAAUUUUAUUAAUCCAAACAUUUAAAAAAAAAAUUGAUAGGAUAUG